GGGACACCGGGCAAGGCAGGAGGUGUCCGGUGAUUCCCUACGGGCACAGCUGAUCCAGGCAAACUGCAGGGUUUGGGUUUCUGUGCUCCCGGGAGGUGCCGUGAUCCAGCGAGUUGAGGGGGAGUUUAGGAGCAAGGAGCUGGCAAGCUCCGACGUUUGAUCGCUGUGGGUCCAUUUCCUUUGGCAGUAGUUUAAAAAAGUGUGAGCGCUGGUUUUGUUGCUUUGUCAUCUCUGUUCCAUUUUUUUUCCCCUCCCGAGGUCCCAAUUCAAAGCAAAAGUGUCUUUCUGCUAAUUUUGUGUGCCCCGGAUCAAACCUGGUCGUGGUUGUCAGCAGCAAGGAACCUGUACAGAGGUGGCAGGAGCUUGUCUCAUGAGAACACAGAGCACCACCACAACACACAAGAAAGCCAGUGGUUCUCACAGGAAUGGAACUGGGCCCUUGCACAACCAAAUGGACAGUAGAUUACUUGAGCCAAGCUGAAGGAUCUAAAGAAGUAAAGAUUCAUGUUUCCACAGUGCCACAGAUGGAUUUCCUCAGUAAGAACUUUGUGUAUAGAACUCUGCCUUUUGAUGUAUUUGUACGAAGAGCAGCUGAAGUCAACCACCAGGAGUACUUUCUUUCUCAGGAUGAAAAGUACUAUUUGCGAUCAGUGGGUGAAGAUGCUCGGAAGGAUAUUGCAGAUAUCAGGAAGCAGUUUCCUGUUUUGGCAAAAGAUGUUCAAAUUCCAGAAUAUUUUGAGAAGGAACAGUUCUUCUCUAGUGUCUUCCGCAUCAGCUCAGCUGGAUUACAGUUAUGGACACAUUAUGAUGUAAUGGAUAACUUCUUAAUCCAAGUCACGGGGAAAAAACGAGUUGUUUUGUACAGUCCUCGAGAUGCACCGUAUUUAUAUUUAUCAGGUACUAAAUCAGAGGUGCUAGAUGUGGAUAACCCAGACAUGGAAAAAUAUCCCCUUUUUGUGAAAGCCAAGCGCUAUCAAUGUUUUCUGGAAGCAGGAGAUGUGUUAUUUAUUCCAGCUUUGUGGUUCCACAAUGUAAUUUCUGAGGAAUUUGGAGUGGCACUGAAUGUCUUCUGGAAGCACCUUCCUGCUGAAUCCUAUGAUAAGACAGACACUUACGGAAAUAAAGAUCCCAUGGCAGCCUCUAGAGCUAUACAGAUCUUGGACAGGGCCUUGAAAACACUUGAAGAACUACCUGAGGAAUACAGGGAUUUUUAUGCUCGGAGAAUGGUGUUACGCAUCCAAGAAAAAGCCUAUAGGAAUGAUUAUGGGUAAAAUAACACAUUGUUAUUCAGCAAGCUUCUGUGCAAGUAGAAAAUUGUAUGCCAAUAUGGAAACAGUCUGUGUGUAUGUACAUUUCUGAGACCAAUAAAAACUGUUGGUAAAUAUUCAUCUAUAACAAAGUUGAUCUUGUAACUUUUUUUUCUUGGUUUUUUUUUUCAUGUGUAGUGAGUACAGAGUUUGCUUGAUCUGACAAUGGUCUCUUUUCUACAGUGAGAUAAAAUGUGGUGCAGUGCCUGCAUUUAUAACUGUACUGUUUGGGAAUGCUGUACUUAAAUUUUUCUGAACAGAAGUUCUGUUGUCUGGGCUGACAGCAUGUAUGCUUACAACUAACUGCAUGUCUUUUUGAGUGUGACCUCAUUAAAGUUUAGGAAAGCCAUAAUGGUUUCUGAGGAGGUCCAGGAAAGCCAUUGUCGGUGGCUGUAAUGGUCAAGGUUUCUUUUUGAGUAAUAACCGAAGAAUAAGUGUGGGGGAGUUUCUUCUCCCCCUUGCAGCGAGACUCACAGUGGGUAUGGGAAAAAAAGUGCAAAAGCUAAUCAUGCCAGUUAAGCUUAGAACUGUGCAACAGCUUGACUGCAAAGUCAGUGAUUUACCCUUUUCCUACCUGCAUAAUGUAUUGUGGAGAAAACCUUGUUUGUCACUGCCCCAGUGCAGUCAGGCAGCAUUGCUGUUUCUGCAGCUGAGAAACACUUGCAACUAAUGUGCCCAUAAAUCCAUUCAGCUCCAGUCCUAGAAUCUGCAGUCAAGUUCAUAGUUCUGAAGUAGACAGAGAAUCUAUUGGGAGCUGUAUUUGAGGUGCUCUUUGUUACCAUAUGAGAGGGGAUUUGCAUUGCACCUUUUGGGAUGGAGCCUGUUGUUUAGGCAUUGUAGGUUACUUUUUAUGAUUCCAGUGCUUACAAAAGCCUUGUGAAAUGAAGGUAGGGAGCUUACAAGAAGGAUAGGCUUGUCAUUGUCUCUUUGAAAUCCUCUAAUAUUAUUACUUUUGCUAUCUGGGGAAUGCAGCAUUUCUGUGACUUAGGUCAGUCUGUUACUUCUAGCAAUGUUUUUUGAGAACUGUAACUUGUCAAGAGCUCUUAGACUAAAUAGAUAUGUAGUGUUAAUAAAGUGGUGGAAAAAACAAGCUUUCUCCAGAAGAGCAGGAGCUUGAACACUGUGCAGAUUAUUCUUCUAAACCUGUUCUUCUUGGCAAUUCAACACAGUGAAAAUAGUCUGGUACCAUGUGAAUGGGCACCCGGCCACCUCAAUGAAUAAGCAUGAAUGGAACCAGCCAAGCGAUUCUGAUGGGCAUCAUUGUACGUUCUGAGGGUAGAAUUUAAAUUUGGGAUCACAAAUAGGUCUCCCAACAUUUUUGUUCAAAAAGGAACAAGGAUUGCUUGUGCAUACUGCUGAGACAGACUGUUAGGCUGGGGUAACCUCUUGGCUUUGUCAGACUGGUAAUGUCGAGGGCCCCAUCUGAAUUGCAGAGGUGAACAGAGCAUAUUCUUUGUGUGUCAGGACUAAAUGGAGAGGCUCAGAGAGCCUGCAGGGCUAGACAAAGCUGUGUUCCAGCAUUGUGCCUGCACAGCCAUCUCUUUUAACUGUAACUGCCUCAGUGUACUGGUACAGAGAAGUCCUGUGCUGAUCCUGCAUUCUGCCAUUUCUUGAUUCUCCAGUCACAAAAGGGACAUGAUAGCCUGGUGUUCUCAGGCCCCCUCAACACUCAGUAGUAAAUAAGGAAAGCUUUGUGGAGCAGCAACUUGUGUAUGAGAGACCUUCUGCUGCCUCACUUGUGGGAAGUGCCUGCUGUGCUUCAGAGAGAGGGUAGGAGGGCUUGGGACUCUUGGGGACAGGAGAAAGCCUCCUAAUGGUGAUAUUAAGAUUUUCAAUAAUACUGGUUUCAUAAGAUCUGUCAAGCCACAAGUAUUCAGAAUGCUAUUUUGAGUAUGUUUCUAUCCCCUUUUAAUUUUGUAAAGGAAGCUAUUAAAUUACUAGUCUAAACACCUUAGGACAAAUUAAACUCUUGCAUCCCUCAGCUGCAGUUAGUGCUGAAGUAAUCCUGCAGAAAAGCUGCAACAGUUCACUUGUUUAGGCUAGCAUGAAGUCUGGAUUGGAAAGUUUAUAUCUGGCUGAGAAGAGAGGGUCAUGUUGAAUUAAAUGUGAGCCAGUGCUAUAGCAAGUGCAGCUAUUCACCUUCAUGCUACCAAGUUUAAAAUGAAGCCUUUAUUUCACUUUGAAAGAGCUUCUUAAAUUUCUUAUUUAGUAAUUUCUAUAAAACAGUUGUUCUGAAAUGCUAUAAAAGGAGAAAACAAGCAGCUUAAAAAUGUAUGUUCUUAAUUUGAGCAUAAUGUGACAAGUGAUAAAAAUCUGCAAGCCACUGUGUUAAAAAAAUGAAAUUAUUUGGUGCUUUCUAAUCACUGUGCUACAUGGUGUGAAACAGGCAAUAAAGUGAUGAAUGAAUGGUGAAAGUAUUAAAGGAAUAACUUCCAGCAAACAUAGUGAGAGAAUAGAAGUAGCCAUAUUUGAAAAUCCACUACUGAAAUAACAAAGAAUUAGAGCCACUGACAUUUUGUGCAAGUUAGUCCUUUAGAGACCUAAACUAAAAUGGGAUCAUGCCACAAUAAAACAGAUGGAAGUUGUGGUAACAGGUAUUAGAAAAUAAACGCUGACCUUGUUAAGCAUUCAGAGCAGCCACUUCAGCUGUCUUCUGUCCUCAGCAGAGGAGCUGGGUGGUGCAGACUGCCCAGGACUGAAAGAUUAAGUGAAGACACUUAUAUAAAGACAGUGUCUGAAAUCAGCAGUUUAAACUUGGCCUAUAUAUCCACAAACUUUGAAUUACUCUAAAAAUUUGGUGAGUGAGACCUUUAAAAUGGAAGUUUAUUACAAGUCAAGACCUGGAGAGAAUUAUUUAUUCUUGACCAUAUGAAAUAUAAAGGACGAUAAAUGUUUCAGAUUUCAUUUUUCUUAAUGUGCUUGUUGUG